AUGUCCCACGCAUCCAAAACUUGCACUGAAAAGAAAAUCAGACUGAAAAGCCUAAUCAAAGCUUUAACUAAGGAGGAUAUUGAUGGUAAUAUGGCUAGUGAUAUGGAAGAAGAAUCAGGUGAGAAGGAUGAGAAUGUUGAUUCAGAUGAUGCUACUGAUGAAGAAACAUAUGUCGUGCUAAUACAACACGUGAUUAAAUUCCAUGAAACAGACCUUGAGUACAUAGAGCACUUGCAUGAACAAGAGAAGAAUCUUGAAGCUGAGAUAAUGGAACUUCAGUCUGGAAUGCCAAAUAAUAAUAUUACUCAAAAUUAUGAUUUCGAUCAAGAGCUUCUAGUGUUGCUGAGGUCGAAGAAGAAGAGAACAGAUCGAUUGUAUGAUUCUGUCAGUUCAACAAACUCUCCAAUUCAGCUUCUUGAGCUUAGGGUUACAUAUAUGGGAGAAAAUACAAUAGUUGUGAGCUUGACAUGUAGCAAAAGGACAGACACAAUGGUUAAAUUAUGUGAAGUGUUUGAAUCUUUAAACCUUAAAAUUAUCACUGCCAAUAUCACUUGUUUUUCUGGCACACUUUUGAAGACAGUCUUCAUUCAGGCAAAUGAAGAAGACAAAGAUCUAUUGCAGAUAAAGAUCCAAAGGGCCAUUGCAGCUCUUAAUGAUCCUCUUAGUCCUAUGAGCAUCUAA